ACUGUCUGUAUAAUUUACUGUUUGUUAAACUCAAUUUUUUCCUCUUUGAUUUUAGCCGACUGUCCUUAUUUUCACUUCCCUCCAUAGUUUCCCCAAUUUUCCUUCUCUACAUUCCGAGUUUCCCUCCCCAGCUAAACCUAAAUAUUUCCCUCUCCCAAAUCUAGUUCGACUCCAACCUUCGCCAAAAUUCAUUUCCCUUUUCUCUCUUCUCUCUUGUAUCCUUUCCCUUUCUCCCUCUUGUUGUUCAUGCCAUCAUCGUUAGAUCGAAGGGGCCAGCCGAUGUUCUCUUUGUGGGACAGUUCUCCAAUAGCGCAAAUCUGACAUUCGAUCCAAAAAAUUUGGUUAACCUUGACGACUUUUCGACUUGAUCUAGCACUGGGGACCUUGGAUCCAUGUUUCAGACUCCGAUCGACCCUUUGGUGGAGCCGACUAGUGUGUGCCUGGAGGACAGAUUCGAUGUUGGCGGUCCUGGAUCUCCGAUGCUCGAUUUGGCGGGCCUCUUUCUCCGGCACAACCGCUGAACUUCUCAUUCCUUGUGCUUCAAAAUCUGGCGAAUUGUGCGAGCCGUGAGGCUUACCAUGGCGAUCCAACGGAAACUGAAGGCUCCCAUUCUCUUUGCUUUCCUCAAUUUCGCUCUUCCUCCGGGAUCUGAGGCGCAUAGUAAGCUGUCUUCUUCUCUUCCAAAGGUAAAGCUUCAGGCUUUCUUUAUUGAGCGAUUCGUGUUGAGAAAAGUGAUUAUUUUGAAAGUGUAAGGUUGUAGCAGUUGUUAUGAUGCGUGUUCAUCAAUUUGGAAACUUGUGUGGAUUACAUUCUCCAACAUUGCAUUGCUCAACAUUGGUGAUACGAAGAUGAGCAUGAUAUGGAAGUUGAUAUUGCUACCUCUUCACUUCAAGCUUCUGCAAAGCAUCCAUUACCAGAGCUGGAAAUCUACUGCUACUUGCUUGUCUUGAUAUUGCUGAUUGAUCAAAAGAAGUACAAUGAGCAAAAGCUUGCACCUCUGCAAGCAUUGUUCGGCUGAAGAACGUGAAUAGGAGGACUGUUGAUGUUCUAGCUGCUAGGCUUUACUUCUACUACUCUCUCAGCUAUGAACUACUUACCGGUGACCUUGCUGAAAUUAGAGGGUAACUUGUAUUUCACUAUUUUCAUUUUUUAAGAUAUCCUAGUGUACCCUGGACUGUGUACUUAUUCAGAAGUGAAGCACAGUAUUAGAUUCUAGCUAGGUCUAACAAAAAAUGCUGAUUACUGACAGUAACCUUCUUGCCCUGCACCGAAUUGCAACAUAUAUUGCGUCAUGAUGAGCUGGGACAGGUAAAAGUUUCAACUAUUUAAGCAGUUUAGUCUAUGUUGCUAAGGUGUUUUUUGCAUAUUUGAAUGUUUUUCUGAUGCAAGAAACAUUCUCCCCCAAUUAAAAUUCUUAAAUGAGUGAAGCUCCCAAAUAUGUUCAACCUUGACCUUGAUCAAACUCAUUAUUUGUUUUGUGGGGAAAGGAAGGUUAUGCCCUCUAGGCUAUAUUUAACUGGUUUUGUGAUUUCUCCUAUUUUUCCAUUGAAGAAUUUUAUCAAACUAAAAUUGAAUGAAAUUU